UUGGUCCAUGGGUGUCCACAGAGGUCGGUGUUGGAUAACCCUGCGCGUAAAAGUGUUUAAGCAGUUAUUGUCAACAGCCUAACCUAUUUUUGAAUUGAUGCGUUACAUACUUUUACAGCCUUUGACUUGCCGCGGAUUGAAUAAACAGUUCGUAAGAGCCGAGCAACCGUUGUACGCUGUGUCUGGCUGCUGAUGCAAGGCAUCAGGGAAAGGCGAUGAGCGUGCGAUUUACAGUCAUCUAUAUAAACGCCCGCGCCCCUAAAUAUUUAUGUCUUAACCGUGUCAACUGAACAACCGCUUGAAUCAUUAAACUGGAGUUUCCUGUCUACCACGUACAGACUGACUCCAGACAACCUUGUGCACCUGCCCCUGACUCGCAGGAACUGCUGUCUCGCGCUCAACAUCAGCAAACCGUCGAUAGGUCGGUGCUCGCGCCAGAAAUCAUAAGCACCAGUUACCUCGUGCUCUAGACUGUGGCUGAACCGUAGGAAGGGUCUUGCUUUCAGGCAAAGGUGAGACCGGAGGUGAACAACGCGCCAACUGACAAAAACAGCCUAUUACCCGGAGAAUAAAUGAUACUAGGAUGACAGCUGUGGCGGAGGGCUGCCGAUCCUUGGUGGAUUAAUGGUUAAACGGCUCGGACUGUGAAUGAACCAGACGUGUGCCUCUAGUCUCCUUCAUCAUCCAGAAUGCAUCGUAGGAGGACCUUGAAGGGGCUUGCCCCACAGACCCCAGCCAAGGAACAGUAACCUCCGUCUGGGUCCCACCCCACCCGGAUGGCCUCCCAACCCCCCUGUGAGGCAGCUCGCCCCCGCCCAGCAGAGGAGCAGCCGAGGCUCUUCACCCCCAUCUCUCCCCUCGCUUCAGCCGUAGCUCCAGCCCUCGCUCUGCCCUGUCCAUCUCUGGAAUGAAGACAGCCAGUAGGGCCAGGCCCCGCUCCCCUAGCCCCCGGCCCCGACCACCACGCUCCCCCAGCCCUGGCCCUCAGCUCGUCCAGAUGAGACGCUACAGGCCUGGGGUUGGGGUGUACCCCUUCCUGUUCCCCUCAGUCAUCAGCGCUCUGCCGCUGGCUAACCGGUCGGGUUCUCCCCCCGCACAGCCCUCCAGCAGUAUUAAUACUCCGUCGCCUGCAGCCAUCGAGACCCAGAGCACCAGUUCUGAGGAGCUGGUCCCAAGCCCCCCGUCCCCCCUGCCCCCGCCCCGCGUCUACAAGCCCUGCUUCGUGUGCCAGGACAAGUCCUCGGGGUACCACUAUGGUGUCAGCGCCUGCGAAGGCUGCAAGGGUUUUUUCCGUAGAUCCAUCCAGAAGAACAUGGUCUACACGUGUCACCGGGACAAGAACUGCAACAUCAACAAGGUGACCAGGAACCGCUGUCAGUACUGCCGGCUCCAGAAGUGCUUUGGCGUGGGCAUGUCCAAAGAGUCUGUCCGGAACGACCGCAAUAAGAAGAAGAAGGAGAGUCCCAAGCCAGAGCUGACAGAGAACUACGAGCUGAGUGCAGAACAAGAGGCCAUCAUAGAGAAGAUACGCAAGGCUCAUCAGGAGACCUUCCCAUCGCUCUGCCAGCUGGGGAAAUACACCACGAAGUCGAGUGCGGAACAGCGCGUGAGGCUGGACCUGGGCCUGUGGGAUAAAUUCAGUGAGCUGGCUACUAAGUGCAUUAUAAAGAUCGUGGAGUUUGCCAAACGAGUACCUGGUUUUACAGGACUCACCAUAGCUGACCAGAUCACGUUGCUUAAAGCUGCCUGCCUCGACAUACUGAUUCUACGUAUCUGUACCCGGUACACUCCGGACCAGGACACCAUGACGUUCUCAGACGGGCUGACCCUGAACCGGACUCAGAUGCACAACGCAGGCUUCGGCCCGCUCACCGACCUGGUGUUCACCUUCGCCCACCAGCUGCUGCCCAUGGAGAUGGACGACACAGAGACAGGCCUGCUCAGCGCCAUCUGCCUCAUCUCUGGAGACCGGCAGGAUCUGGAGGAACCCUCUAAGGUCGACCAGCUCCAGGAGCCUCUACUGGAAGCUCUGAAGAUCUAUGUGAGGAAGAGAAGGCCCAGCAAGCCACACAUGUUCCCCAAGGCCCUGAUGAAGAUCACUGACCUCCGCAGCAUCAGCGCCAAAGGUGCGGAGCGGGUCAUCUCGCUGAAGAUGGAGAUCCCUGGCUCCAUGCCUCCUCUGAUCCAGGAGAUGCUGGAGAACUCAGAGGGACAAGACGGCCAGAGCAGCACCCAGGGCGAGGAUGGCAGCAGCCCCAAGAAGGGCACCCCUAAGGGGGGUACGGGGGGUAAACCCUCCCCUGUGUCCCCUGACCCCUCAGAUAGCGAUGGGCCCACAGUGGCCCCUGAGGAGGAAGAGGACCCGUAGGUCCCCGUGGAACUCAAGGGCCUCUCAGACAGACAGACACUCUCUCUAUCUGACAUUCCUUUGCACAAAAAAAAACAAAAAAUAGGUUGACAGCCAGGCAUGGUGGACCCCCUCUCCUCCUCCCCUCAGGCCUUCGGUCCCUUGGUGACCACCACCACCUUUGCUUGUUCUUAUGUUUUCCUUUACGUUUGUUUUUUCCUUCUCUCUCUUUAUCUCCUCAUCUCCCCUUAAAAAACGACAGCACUAAGGCCUAAAAGACCAGUUGUUGGUUUGUGUAUAAUUCUAAAUUGAUUGAGGUUGUGUUUCAGGACUAGGGUGUGAUUGGUCGAGUUGGGUUUGACCCCGUCUGGCCACACCCACUUACCUGUACACAAAGGUCAUAGGUCAUCCUCCUCAGGUCUCCUGUGUAAAUUCACCCCUGCAUGACGGGCUUGCCGAGUUUAAUGCGUGGUUUUGAUCUCCCUCUCUCUCAUAUUGUUGAAUACAUUGUACAUACCAUUUUAUGGUUAGAAAUCUCUGUUUCUAUGAUGAAUUUUGUGGUGCUUUUUUCAUUGUCUUAAAUAUAGUUUGAGGCAAAACAGUACAUACAUGACAAGGUUUAAAGGGGGCCUAAAAUAUAAAGUCCUUUACAAAAACAGUUACAUAGAAUGUUCUUGCAUAUAGACAGUCUGGAAGACUAAUACUUUAUAAUUGUUCCUAUAUUUAAUGUUUGUUUUUUGGUCUUUUAUGACUCUUUAUGUUGAUGUCUCGUUGAGUGUACAUUGCAUUCACCAUAAAGCCAGUGCUAGAGGCUUCUCUCCCGUAUCAGCGGCUGCAUCUCUUCAGCUGUUUCCUCAAGGGGGAAGCCAGAGGCCAUAGAUAUACAAUGACUAGAUUGAAUCUAGAUGUUCAAUUACUAGAUUGGAUCUGUCUACCGCAGAUAACAGCUUGUAAUGUAAUGUACAGGUUUCUGAGGCUAAAAGGCUUCUGAGAUUUUAUCAGAAAAUGACAUUCUAAGAGACAAACCAAGCAGGGAAAUCUCUCUGCUUAAAGAUAAGGGUUGAGCAACACUCAUUGACAAAGACUUUAUUUAACCCAAACUUGCGCCACUGAGAAAUUGAACUGUUGUUUUAAAAUGAAUUUGUUUAUACAGUAUAUUUGAAGAUCCCUCGCAAUUCUCUUGAAAAUUCUCCACCAUCUGUGCAGAGAAAUGCAUUCUUAUUAUAGUAAAAUCUCAAUUGUUUCUCUGAUGCAGUUUCAAUCUAGUAAGUGUACAUUUAUGGCUAACGACAACUACAAGCAUCUGGGCAACACAAAUCGCACAUUGGGUUAUGGGCCAGGGUUUCAUAGGAGUCCUGUACCCCCAGAAUCACUACCUACCCCUUAUAUACAUACAGAAGUGUCUUGCUUUGAUAGUAAACCACAGGGAUGUUGCAAUCCUUAAAAUACAUAUUCAUGAGCUAACCACAUGGCCGAGAAGAUUGUACACUAGACUGUCUGGGAUUCUAGACCCCACUACGCAUUCCUAGUUCUAGAGACAGAAUGACUGACUGUUGCCUUGUUCCUCAGACGGUCUCGUGCAAAACCACAGUGAUGCAAAUGAGAUUCUUUACACAUGACCCUUAGCCCCUAAAACGUGCAGUAAGCUCGGAUAGUGUUCAAUCGGGGUGUUCAGAUAGAGAUAUAUUAUGUAGACAUGCGCUUCUCUGUCAUGUAGAAUAGGGAAUCAUGUCAGUUCUGUAACAAGACAUUUCUAUCUGUAAUGUUACCUCCUGCAGCACUGUUUUCUGUUUUGUCCCACAUCGGCCACUGCAACGGCCCUCCUGAUCUUAUGAAUAUAUUCUUAGUAAAGCUGCUUUUCUUCAGCGCCUAAGGGAUAGAUUCAAUCCAUAGCGCUGAAGAUCUGCUGUAUACUGGGAUUCAAAUUUAAAGGCAAUGUUCCCGCGUUUGCAGAGACUGCAUUCACGUUAAACGCUGCAUAUGUCGGCUCAAUUGGAAAUUACCUUUAACUUUCAAUUGCGUUGUAUACCGCGGAUCUUCACCUCUAUGGCUUGAAUCUAGCCGUAAAUCACUGAGUAGAAUUGGGACACUAUUUAGAAAGUUAAAAGCCUAGAAUACACAUUGAAUAUUGCUCAGUUUGUUCCUUUGUUGUGAAGUGAAACAGUGAUAUUCAGUGUGGAAGCCAGGCUAGGAAGUUAAUACUACAGCUAGGAAGAACUAGGACCUCUUCAGUCCCUUAUCACCUGUCCUAGCCUGGUAGCACUUGUGGUUGAAAGGAUAAGGAUUGAUAAUAUUGUUUACUCAGAUGUUGACUCGUUACUCAACUGUAGCACAAAGGCAUUACUUCCCAUAGCACUUAUAAAUCUUGAAUUUUGAAUAUGUAGCCAAUACAAUGUUAAGGGUGAUGGUAAUAUACAAUAUUCUUUCUCACUCUUACGGGUAAUAAUUUGGCAUAAACUAUGGGUGAUUAUUGAGUCAUUCAUCACAGAGGUAUACUGAUCAGAAGGUUCUUUAUUCUGAAUGGAGGCAAAAGUCAUUGUUGAACCACAAGGGAAUAGAUGACCACUAUAGUCAGUCAGCUAGAACCAAGGUCAGGGUCAAUUCCAAUUGAAUUCUUCCAGUUUAGGAAUGGACUGACUUGAUAUGGAAUUGACCCCAACCCUGGCUAGAACCCUCCAGAAACAUCUCACACACAACCAUCUCCUCCAUAUCUGUCCCACACAUACAUAUCUUAAGGGGAAAACAAAACUGUCUCAGUUUACCAUGUUUGAAUGUGAAUAUGUUGUCGAGGAGUUACAUAGGAAUGAUAUGCAGUGUUAAAGGAAUACUUACUUUAAAGCAGCGUUUCGUCAAAUUCAUUGCAUCUCAUAGUAUGUAUGGAAAAAAGGAAAUGCUCUCUUUCCCUCUCUCUGUAAGGGAGAGAAGGAUGUAGGGGGAAACAAUCCUGGUGGCUCAUCACAAGAGCAGAGUGGGUGAAUCUCAAUAGUCUUCCCUACAUUCCUAUCCAACUUCUCAAAACACAUUGAAGGAAAGGGUGCAGAACCUCAGACCUUCUCCGCCAAUGUGUGUUGUUGAGGAGGUGAGGAAUCAACAAAAGACUUUUUGAGUUUUACCCUGAGUGUCUUUGAAGCUGGAAAAGUUAUUUCACAGCUGAAGAAUGUCUACAUCCAACUCCCUAAAGUGUCCACAGCGCUGCCUACAGGCAGGUGACACGGCAGGGAACUCGAUCCAUUCCACAAUACUGAAUUUACUAUGUUGAUUUCUGUUGAAUGUCGUACCGAUGUAACUGUUAAUAUUUACUACUACUAUCUCACUGCAGACUCCAUGUAUUAGAUGGUGUGUGUGUGUAGUGUGCAUUGCUUUUCAAUGAAUGGCAGCGCUUAGCUACCUGACCUCUGAGCUUCAUCUCAUAGCCAGCCCCUCUUGGGUAGCAGCUGCUCACCUCCACACCAUUUAGGACCAAGUGGUCUCAGAACCUGAGCAUGGUUUGCAAAAUUCCAGAAAUGUUCCCAAAAUGCCCUUUUUUUUAAAGGAAUCAUGGUUGGAGGUUUUUCGGAAUCUGGAGGUAAUAAGCUAAAGGAAAUUCCAACGUGGAACAUUUUGCUUUGUUUUUUUACGGAAUUUUGGAAACAUUUCCGGAAUUUUGAAACCCUAGUUGCCCCCAAUGUCAUCGAUGAUCAAACGACAGAGAUGCUUUCCACGCUUUAGUUGGAAUGCCAAGCAGCUGUCACAAUCAACCAAUCAACUGACAGCAAUUUGGUUCAGUCAUUAACGGAAUAAGAUCAAUACAUGUGGAUCGCGUUCAGGAAGGGGGCAAUUUACUAAACAUCGCAGAUAGAAAUACACUGAAUAGAGCUAGCAUGAUGAUUCCAUACUUUUCAAAUCAGUGGUGUAUGUUCUACGCAACAUAUUUCUAUCCGAAUGUACCGCAAUGCUGUGUGCCCUACUGAACGGGGCUCAUGAUCCAACUAUUCCGUAGAAGCCAGAGAGAACAUGAUUGUGAACCUAAAAAAAUGUCACCAACGAAAGCAGCUCUGUUGUUAUGCCUGUUCAAAAAAGUGUCAAUGUUCAAAAGUUUAACAUUUACAGAUAAUGCCAUUGGUAUGAGAAAAAUAUCAUUGUCAUCAUAUAUGCAGUGUUGUAUAGUUAUUAUGAAGAGACAUGAUCAAAUUUUGGUUGAGGUUUCUUUGGCUUACUGGACUUGAGGGUGGGCAGGGCAGCAGGGAGGGGUUGUCAUGGUGAUAAUACAUUUACCCAGAACUUCCUGCUGGCCUGGUGGGAAGAGGGCAGGAAGUCCUUAUAAAGGAGGUUUACAGUGAGCUUCUAUCUUGUUUUCAUUCUCCAUUUUCAAUAUUGUCUGUACAUUAACAAUGCUUUUUAUGUUAAUAUACUGUUUAACUUUACCAUGAAAUGUCCUGGCAAAGUAAUACAAAUAUAUUUAUUUUAAAAUACAUAAUGCGUGGAUGUAUUAUAACCUGAAUAUUUUGAUUUACUGUAACCUCAAAGCCUUGAAUACUGUGUGUGUUUGUGUAUAUAUCAUG